AUGGAAGAAAAAAAGAGAUUCUAUUUGCCGUGUGCAGACGACGAUGGAAAUCCAAAUUGUUACAUCUGCGGAGCCAAUUUGCCAUCGAUGAAAUUCCUGUAUCAUCAUAUGCUCCUCCACACUGAUUCCGAUUGGUUUGAUAUUUUACCAUCGGAGCCAUUGAAGUCCACCGUAAUUGUCUGUCGUACACUUCUUUCUAUCAUAACAUCAAGAAACUCUGAUCCAUUAGAUGAUGAUUUGAAGGUUAACGACGACAAGGGUUUCAAUGAUGAUGGGGAGAUUGUCGAUUUGACGAAGUUUCUACUAUCGUGGAAGCUGACUGGUAAGAGAGGCCGCCCGGCUGUCACGGGCAGGAGAGGCUGCCCGGCUGCAUGA